AUGUCCGUCAAAAUAUUGGUCGGUCCAGUCGCUCUGCCUCAGUUCAGGGUCGACAACCUUAUCGAAGAAAUAAACCAGUACACUAACAGUACUGCGAUAAUCAAUGAAGUUCGUUCCUGCUACGUUCACUAUGUGGAUGUCAAAGGUGAUGGUGAAUUGUCCACUGAAGAUUACAAACGUUUGGAAGCACUAUUGACUUAUGAUAAUGCUUUGGACAUCGAAAAUGAUGAACUUUCUAAGGUUUUACACGAUGCAGUAGUAGAAAAUGUCUCUGGAACCUCGUUGGAAAAGGAUACUUACCUUAUUAGAAUUGCUCCAAGAAAAGGUACUAUUUCUCCAUGGUCCUCUAAAGCCACUAACAUCACUUCGGUCUGUAAUCUAGACGACAAAGUUAAUCGUGUGGAAAGAGGUCUAGCUUUGCUGAUCAAUACUAUUCCAGGUUUCCCACUCUUGGAGAAUCUAAACGAUGAAUCUUUGAAGCCAGUUUUUGAUAGAAUGACUCAACAUUUGUACCUUGAAUCUCCACCUACUGGCGAUGAUUUGUUCCUACAUGAUUCUCCAAGACCUCUAGUACAUGUUCCAUUGGUCUCAGGCCGUUCCAAAUCCUCUCCAAAGGAGAUUUUGGAGAAAGCUAACGUCGACUUGGGUUUGGCUCUCGAUCGCGGUGAAAUGGAAUAUUUAGUUCAAGCUUUCGUCGAAACUUUGAAAAGAGAUCCAACUGACGUUGAACUAUUCAUGUUUGCUCAGGUCAAUUCUGAGCAUUGUCGUCACAAGAUUUUCAAUGCUGACUGGACUAUUGAUGGGCUUAAGAAGAAAUUUACACUGUUCCAAAUGAUUAGGAAUACGCAUAAAUUAACCCCAGACUUUACUUUGAGUGCUUAUUCCGAUAACGCAGCGGUCCUGGAUACUGACAAUGAGGCUUAUCACUACGCCCCAGACUUUUCUACCAAGAAGUGGACCGCAAAGAAGGAAAAUGUUCCUAUGUUGAUCAAAGUGGAAACACACAACCACCCAACUGCAGUUUCACCAUUCCCAGGUGCUUCCACUGGUUCUGGUGGUGAAAUCAGAGAUGAAGGUGCCACUGGUAGAGGUUCUAAAUCAAAGUGUGGUUUGAGUGGUUUCUCCGUUAGUGAUCUUUUAAUCCCAUUUCACCACCAACCUUGGGAACUGGAUAUCGGUAAACCAUCUCAUAUUGCCUCUGCUUUGGAUAUCAUGAUCGAAGCCCCUCUAGGUUCUGCCGCUUUCAACAACGAAUUCGGCAGACCAUGUAUCAAUGGUUACUUCAGAACAUUAACCACUAAGGUCAAAAACAGUCAAGGUAAAGAAGAAAUCAGAGGCUUCCAUAAACCAAUUAUGAUUGCCGGUGGUUUUGGUGCCGUCAGACCCCAAUUUGUCUUGAAAGACAAGCCUAUCACUCCUGGCUCUCAAUUGAUCGUGCUAGGUGGCCAGUCAAUGUUGAUUGGUCUUGGUGGUGGUGCUGCUUCUUCCCUGGCUGCGGGUGAAGGUUCAGCUGAUUUAGAUUUUGCUUCUGUUCAAAGAGGUAACCCAGAAAUGGAGCGUCGUUGUCAACAAGUCAUUGACGCCUGUGUGGCCUUGGGAGAAAAGAGUCCAAUUCAAUCUAUUCAUGAUGUUGGUGCAGGUGGCCUUUCAAACGCACUACCUGAAUUGGUUCACGAUAACGAUUUAGGUGCCGUUUUUGAUAUCAGAAAGGUUUUAUCACUAGAGCCAGGUAUGUCUCCAAUGGAAAUCUGGUGUAAUGAGUCUCAAGAACGUUAUGUUUUGGGUGUUGCACCAAAUGAUUUGGCAGUCUUCGAAGAGAUCUGUAGAAGAGAAAGAGCUCCUUAUUCCGUCGUUGGUACCGCUACUGCUGAACAAAGGCUAAUUGUUGAAGAUCCUUUGCUAGGGGAGACUCCUAUCGAUCUUGAGAUGCCAAUCUUGUUUGGCAAACCACCAAAGAUGUCUAGAGAAGCUACCACUGCCGAACUUCAACUACCAGAGGCCGAUUUAAGCGCUGUUUUGGCCAUCGGGGAUGCAGUUGAGAGGGUCUUGCGUCUACCAGCUGUCGGUUCCAAGUCUUUCUUGGUUACUAUUGGUGACAGAACUGUUACCGGUUUGAUUGACAGAGACCAAUUUGUCGGUCCAUGGCAAGUUCCAGUCGCAGAUGUUGGUGUUACUGCAACUUCUCUCGGCCCUUCCAUUGUUAAGACUGGUGAAGCCUUGGCAAUGGGUGAGAAGCCAGUAAACGCUUUGAUCUCAGCUGCUGCUUCUGCCAAGUUGUCUGUUGCAGAGUCUUUGCUAAACUUGUUCGCUGCUGACGUCAAGUCACUAAAACAUGUCAAACUGUCUGCCAACUGGAUGUCGCCUGCAUCUCAUGAGGGAGAAGGUGCUAAGCUGUAUGAAGCUGUCCAGGCUUUAGGUAUUGAUUUAUGUCCAGCUCUUGGAAUUUCCGUACCUGUUGGUAAGGACUCCAUGUCGAUGAAGAUGAAAUGGGAUGACAAGGAAGUCACCGCUCCUCUAUCCUUGGAUAUUACUGCUUUCUCUCCAGUGUUCAACACCUCCAACACAUGGACUCCUUUGUUGAACAAAGACGUCGAAGAUACCGUUUUAGUACUUGUCGAUCUCGCUGCUUUGCAAGAAAAGAAAUCGAUGGGUGGUUCUGCUUUGUUACAAGUCUACAGUCAAGUUGGUAACGACUCUCCUACUGUUCAUGACAACAGUGUUUUGAAGGGUUUCCUCACAGGUUUGUUAGAGCUUCACAAAACCAACAUUGUGCUGUCUUACCACGAUAGAUCUGAUGGUGGUCUGUUAGUAACAUUAUUGGAAAUGGCAUUUGCCUCAAGAUGUGGUUUGGCUACUAUGGUUAAAGCAUCUUCUCUCGAAGAAGUCUUGGUUGAAUUGUUCAAUGAAGAGCUAGGUGCUGUCUUCCAAGUCACACAAUCGAACUUGGAUGAGUUCAGGAAGAUCUGGGAGCGCAACGGUGUUUCUGCUGAUUACGUCUCCGUUGUUGGUAGACCUGACUUCAGCUCUCAAGCUAUCAGAAUCAUUGGCAGCGAAGGUAAGCAUCUAUACGAAAGCACUAGAGGUGACUUGCAACAAAUUUGGAGUUCUACCUCAUUUGAAAUGCAAAAGCUAAGAGAUAAUCCAAAGAGCGCUGAAGAGGAAUUUUAUGCAAUCAAGGAUGACAAAGAUCCAGGUCUUCACUACGCCUUGACUUACGAUCCAAGUGAUGAUCUCAAGAUUGGUGCACAACUUUCAAGUGUGAGACCAAACGUUGCCAUCUUGAGAGAACAAGGUGUGAACGGUCAAAUGGAGAUGGCAUGGUGUUUCGAGCAAGCAGGUUUCACAUCUAUCGAUGUUACCAUGACCGAUUUAUUGGAGGGCAGAGUUCACCUAGAUGACUUCGUCGGUAUCGCCGCUUGUGGUGGUUUCUCUUAUGGUGAUGUUCUUGGGGCCGGUGCCGGUUGGGCUAAGUCGGUUUUGUACCACGAAGGUCUACGUGCUCAAUUCGUCAAGUUCUUCCAAGAAAGAGAAGACACUUUCGCCUUCGGUGCCUGUAACGGUUGUCAGUUCUUGAGUAGAUUGAAAGAGAUCAUUCCAGGCUGUGAAAACUGGCCAAGCUUUGAUAGAAAUGCCAGUACACAAUACGAAGCUCGUGUUGCUAUGCUUCAAGUUUUCCAGGAUAACGACCAAACUGAAAGUAUCUUCUUGAAUGGUAUGCUAGGUUCCAAACUACCUAUCGCUGUAGCACACGGUGAAGGUAAGGCCACAUUCGCAUCUAAGGAUCAGCAAGAUGCCUUCGAAAGCCAAGGACUUUGCGGCUUGAGAUACAUUGACAAUCACGGUAAUGUGACUCAAAGAUUCCCUUACAAUCCAAAUGGUUCGGCAAACGGUAUUGCCGGUGUGAAGUCUCCAAACGGAAGAGUCUUGGCCAUGAUGCCUCAUCCAGAGAGAGUUUGCAGAUUAGAAGCUAACUCUUGGUAUCCAGCUGAGAAGUACGAGGAAUGGGGCGGUUACGGUCCAUGGAUUCGUCUAUUCAGAUCAGCAAGAAAAUGGGUUGGUUAA